AUGGAUCUUUUAGACGGCACUUCCACCGACGCCUCUAUGCUGGCUGCUUUGAUCAGAAGCCCAAAGGUGUUGGUCAUGGAGGACUUGCAGCCUCGCGAGGAGGCAUGCUGGCCCUUUGCCGAGGAUGGAGAUAUUUCCAGGUGCGCCUUGCCUUCGCACUUACAUGACCUGAAGUCAUUGCCAGAAGGCCCACCAGAAGCUUUGCAAAGGCUUGGGCAGAGGACCUUGGUGUCAGGCCUUUUGCUGGCCAUUGGUGGCGCUGGCAUGCAGGUCGCAGAGCAACACGCAGGCGAGGGGACCAACGAUGAGAACCUCGUUGCUGGCACGAGAUAUCGCUGA